AUGGAUAAAGUGAAUCGUUCUAUAGUGGUUGAGUUUGUAUUUCUUGGACUCUCUGAUUCAUGGGAGAUCCAACUUCUUCUCUUUCUGUUUUCUUCUGUGGUCUAUGUGGCAAGUAUUCUGGGAAACCUGCUCAUUUUGAUCACUGUUAUCUUUGAUCCUCACCUACACUCUCCCAUGUACUUUCUGCUGGCUAACCUGUCUUUUAUUGACUUGGGAUUUUGCUCCAUUGCAGCCCCUAAAAUGAUUUGUGAUCUUUUCAGAAAGCACAAAGUCAUCUCAUUUGGUGGUUGUGUUGCUCAGAUCUUCUUUAGUCAUGCUUUUGGUGGUGUUGAGAUGGUGUUGCUCAUUGCCAUGUCCUUUGACAGAUACAUUGCUAUAUGUAAGCCUCUACACUACCUGACCAUCAUGAAUCCAAAAAUGUGUAUUUUGCUUUUGAUUCUUGCCUGGAUCACUGGGAUUACUCACUCAGGGGUCCAACUGGCUUUUGUUGUAGACUUGCCAUUUUGUGGUCCCAAUGUAUUAGAUAGUUUUUUCUGUGACCUUCCUCAGUUCAUCAAACUGGCCUGUACUGAUACUUAUAGACUCCAAUUCAUGGUCACUGCUAAUAGUGGGUUCAUCUCUUUGGCCUGCUUCUGUGUACUGAUCAUCUCCUACAUCUUCAUCUUAGUCACCGUACAGAAACAUUCUGCAGGUGUUUCCCUCAAAGCUUUCUCUACUCUUGCAUCUCAUAUCACUGUGGUGGUUUUGUUUUUUGGUCCAUUGAUCUUUUUCUAUACAUGGCCAUUCCAUAUAUCAAAUUUGGAUAAAUUUCUUGCCAUCUUUGAUGCAGUUAUUACUCCUUUUUUGAAUCCAGUUAUUUACACAUUCAGGAACAAAGAGAUGAAGGUGGGAAUGAAAAGAGUAUGUAGCAGGUUUAUGAAUUUCAGGAAGUUCUCUUAA